AGCAGCUUUGAAGGCUGAGCAACUGAACUCGGCAGCCCCAACCUAACUCGAUUUAACUCAGCCUCAACGAACCCGAUCCGGGACUCUCUACUCCCUGGGUUUGCAACUGCUCUCAGAUCCUAGCACCCUCCUCAAUUCCAGCUAGAAUGCUGUGGCAGGCACUUCGCAGAUUUGGUCAAAAGCUGGUACGCAGACGAACACUGGAGCCAGGCAUUGCUGACACUCGCCUUGCUAGAUGCCUGAGCACUCUGGAUCUAAUCGCCUUGGGUGUGGGCAGUACAUUGGGUGCAGGCGUGUAUGUCCUGGCUGGUGAAGUGGCCAAAGAUAAAGCAGGACCAUCCAUUGUGAUCUGCUUUUUGGUGGCCGCACUGUCUUCUGUGUUGGCUGGGCUGUGUUAUGCAGAGUUUGGUGCCCGGGUUCCUCGUUCUGGUUCUGCAUAUCUCUACAGUUAUGUCACUGUGGGUGAACUCUGGGCCUUCGCCACUGGCUGGAACCUCAUCCUGUCCUACGUCAUAGGUACAGCCAGUGUGGCCAGGGCCUGGAGCUCAGCUUUUGACAACCUGAUUGGGAACCACAUCUCUCAGGCCCUGCAGGGGAGCAUCUCACUGCAUGUGCCCCAUGUCCUCGCAGAAUAUCCAGACUUCUUUGCCUUGGGCCUUGUGUUGUUGCUCACUGGAUUGCUGGCUCUGGGAGCUAGUGAGUCAGCCCUGGUUACCAAAGUGUUUACAGUGGCGAACCUUUUGGUUCUCGGUUUUGUCAUUGUUUCUGGCUUCAUCAAGGGGAAUCUGCAGAACUGGAAGCUCACGAAAGAGGACUACAGAAUUGCCGUGGGAAGAGCCAAUGAUACUUACAGCUUGGGACCUCUGGGUUCUGGAGGAUUCAUGCCUUUUGGCUUCCAGGGGAUUCUCCGUGGAGCAGCCACCUGUUUCUAUGCAUUUGUUGGUUUCGAUUGUAUUGCUACCACUGGGGAAGAGGCCCAGAAUCCUCAGCGUUCCAUCCCCAUGGGCAUUGUGGUUUCACUGUUCGUCUGCUUUUUGGCAUAUUUUGGUGUCUCAUCAGCACUCACACUCAUGAUGCCUUACUACCAGCUUCAACCUGAAAGCCCCUUGCCUGAGGCAUUUCUCUAUAUUGGAUGGGCACCUGCCCGUUACAUAGUGGCUAUUGGCUCCCUCUGUGCUCUUUCUACCAGCCUCUUGGGCUCUAUGUUCCCGAUGCCUCGGGUGAUCUAUGCGAUGGCAGAAGAUGGCCUCCUGUUUCGUGUCCUUGCCCGAAUUCAUACCGGCACACGCACACCCAUUGUGGCCACUGUGGUCUCUGGCAUCAUUGCAGCAUUCAUGGCAUUCCUCUUCGAACUAUCUGAUCUUGUGGACCUCAUGUCAAUUGGGACCCUGCUUGCUUACUCCCUGGUGGCUAUUUGUGUUCUCAUCCUCAGGUAUCAGCCUGACCAGGAGAUGAAGAAUGGGGAAGAUGAAGUGGAGUUUCAGGAGGAAAAAAUACCUGGAACAGAGAAGCUGACCCUACAGGGACUAUUUUGUCCACUCAGCACCAUCCCUACUGCACUGUCUGGCAAAGUUGUCUAUGUUUGUUCCUCACUGCUUGCGCUACUGCUUACUGUUCUUGGCUUGGUGCUGGCCCAGUGGCCAAUUCCACUGCUUUCUGGAGAUCCAGUCUGGAUUUCAGUGGUUGUGUUGCUCCUAAUGCUCAUUACUGGGAUCACUGGGGUCAUCUGGAGACAGCCACAGAGCUCCACUCCCCUUCAUUUUAAGGUACCUGCUUUGCCACUCCUCCCGCUACUGAGCCUUUUUGUGAAUGUUUACCUUAUGAUGCAGAUGACAGCUGGCACCUGGGCCAGAUUUGGGGUCUGGAUGCUGAUUGGGUUUGCUAUCUACUUCGGCUAUGGGAUCCAGCAUAGCUUGGAAGAAGUUAGGAGUGACCAUCCCCCACUCAAGUCAAGAGCCCAAACUGUAGACCUUGAACUGUAGUCCUUUUUUGAACACACUUGAUUUGACAUCAUCAUACCUGAAUGCUGUUUGGCCCCUCUGCACGAGAGUUAGGCCUCCUAUGGUAUGUCUGUGGGGGAGCAGUAGUAGAGCUCUGUAUUUAUUGAGGAGUGAAGGAUGUGUCUUUGCUGGUUCUAAUCUACUUUUUUUUUUCACUCUUUCUAAUUGUGUCUAUAACUGCUUACUCACUUUUCAAAAAUGAUUAAAAGAAACCUGGAAAGGAAACAAUGUCUUGUUCUUUACUUGCUAGGGAUAAUGAGAAUGGAGACUGACUUUCAGAGUGGAGAGCUUCAGAGAAGUAUUCUUUGUUUGCUCCAGUCACCAUAAAAGUAUCAGUUAUGCCUGUGUGUGCUUAUUGGUUCAGGGUUUGAGGAGGGUGGUGUAAGUAACCAUAAAGUCUAGUUACCCAUGGGGCCUUCCUGGUGGUGCAGGGCUUAAGACAGCUCUUUCAAGCUAUUGCCAGCCACUGCAGCAUGAGUUCAAUCCCUGGUCCAAGUUCGAUCUCUGACUGACCAGGGAGCAACCCACAUGGCACAGCAGACAUCUCCUGUCUUGCCCACUGCUUCCCUCAGCAGUGUAUUUUGGUUAGAUCUGCCUGUUCUGCUCCCUAACUCUGUCUCUGGUGAAUCCUUUCACCCCCCCCCCACCUCUGGCCUGUACCCCAGUUCUUGU